UCCGCUGGCCGCCAUGAAGCGCGACAAAUGCCAGAACCAAAGGGCAAAACCAUUAGUCGUGUAUUGGAAAACCACGCUGCACACAAGUCUUGUCGCCUCCCUUUCCAUGGACUGAGCUAGUGAGGCAGCUGGAGGACCACGUUACUUUGGUUUGCUGGUCUUUGAUGGUCUGGUCCUUGGUCUUCCUCGGUCCCCAUCCUGCGAAGGCAGCCCCGGCCCAUGAGCCUGAAGACGAUGGCUUUGACCUGGAGAACUACGACAUAAAUGCCGUGACAGACUGGGAAAACCUCAACAUCUAUGGAGACAAUUACGACUACGACGACCUGGAUGAGAAGAUGGAGGUGGGGACGGUCGCACCAGACUCCCCUCCAGCUUCUGAGGACUACGAUGGCGAGGUCACCCCGCCCACACAAACUCCAGCUCCGGUCACGCUGGACUUUAAAGGACCGGGUCUCUUCGGACCAGAGACCGGGCUGGGGAUGCCCGUAUGUCUGCUGUGCACGUGCGUGGGUGGCAGUGUGUACUGUGACGACGUGGGCCUGGAGCAGAUGCCCCCCCUGCCCAAGGACACCACCCACUUCUACGGCCGCUUCAACAACAUCCGGCACAUCAAGAGCAGCGACUUCCACAAUCUGAAUAAGCUUCAGUCCAUCGACCUGACUGAGAACCACAUCGCUGAGAUGGAUGAAGACGUGUUCCAGUCCCUCCAGCAGCUUCAGGAGCUGCUUCUGCCGCACAACAACUUGAAGAUGCUGCCUUUGCUGCCCAACACCUUGAAGCGCAUUGACCUCCGCCACAACCGGCUCAUCAGCCGAGGGCUGCAUCUGGAGGGGUUUAAGGACAUGGAGCAGCUGGAAUUCCUUUAUCUGUCCAACAAUAAUCUGGAUUAUAUUCCCAGCCCUCUGCCUCUCAGCCUCCGAGUGCUGCACCUCCAGAACAACAACAUCCAGGUCCUGCAUGAAGACACGUUCUGCAACAGCCACGAUCGCAGUUUCAUCCGCCGCAACCUGGAGGACAUCCGGCUGGAUGGGAACCCCCUGGACCUGAACCUGUUUGCUCCGGCGUACAUCUGCCUGCCUCGCCUGCCUGUGGGAAGUCACUGACCGUGUCUCGCCCCUCCACCUGCAUCUGGCUUCUCUUGUGUUAGAUUAAAAUGAAACCUUGAAUCUUGACUGUGUUGCUUUGAUUUUCUUGUCUGAGGCAACGUCUUAAAUCUCUGUCCAAACUGGUUCACACACAGUAUGGUCUGGACCAUACAUUCAGGAUGGUGCACUGACUGACACCACCAUCACUUUAAUUGAUAAGGACCAUUUGGGUCCCUCAUGACAAGAAAUGGUCUAGAAAUUGCCCAUAUUGUACGUUUAACAGCGGACAAAACGCCUGGAGUGAGAUUUACAUUGACAGCAAGAGCUGAUCGUAAUGUUUGCUGAAUAAAAACAGACUUGAAAUCAUGUAAACGGGUUGCUAUUUACGAGUGAUGGGCAGAUGAGGCCUCAUAAAACAGUGUCCUGGUUUUUAGAGGCCACAAGGUGGCGCUCUUGGUUUAGAACUGAUGUGAGGUUUCAUUGAAUUAGUGGUUCAAGUCCAAACUUUUCACAGCAGACAGCGCCAUCUGGU